AUGGCGAAGCGGGCCGCCAGCUCCCCACCCGUCUUUAAGGACAUCCGCAUUUACAUCCGCAGCAAGCAGUUCAGUCCCCCUCGGCGCAGCCCAGCGCCCGAGAUGUCCGACGGUCCCCCGCCCAUGGCGCGCGCUGCCUGCGGCAGCGAGGAGCACUACACGUUCGACCCCGAGUGCUCCGCCCUUUCGAGACCGUGCGGGAAGCACGGGGGCAUCCGCCCCGACGGGCGGCCCGUCGACCCCGUGGACCUCGGCGGCUCCACCGAUGAGGAGGACCAGGCCCCCACGAGCCAGAGCGUCGGCAUGUUCGCGGAGACGUUGCCUGGCAUGCCCGCAUUCGCCUCCGUCGGAGCCACGCCGAUCGAGGGGGGGGCGGCAUCGGCUCGCGACUUCAUCCAGCGCCGCUGCGCAGAGGUCGCGGCCGCGCGGGCCGCCGGGAGCGACAGUGCCGCUGAGGAGGUGAAGCCCGCUGGGGAGGUGACGCCCGCUGAGGAGGUGAAGCCGCCCGCCAGGAGCGGCGGCGGCGCCGGCGCCGCUGAGGAGGUGAAGCCCGCUGAGGAGGUGACGCCCGCUGAGGAGGUGCAGCCGCCCGCUGAGGAGGUGACGCCCGCUGAGGACGUUGGAGGGCGCCCGCGCUCGGGGGCGCGCGGGCAGCCGCUUCGGAAGGGGGGCGAGGCGGCGCCGCCCUCGCCCGCGCUGGCGGCGCGAUGUGGCCGCGCCCGCGCCCGCGCCCAUGCGCCCGCGCGCACGCUCGCCGACGGAGUGGCGGCCGCGCGGGAUCGCACGCGGUCCCCGAUCUGCUCUCCGACGGAGUCGGCUGCCCCCCCGACGCCCAGCACCGUCGCGGGCGCCCCGCUGGGCGUCGCUGGCGAUCCCACUCCCGCAACUCCGCUGGGACAGACGGGCGCGCCUCCCCCCGCGCCUCAGCCCCAGGCAGACAUCGAGAACACGUUCGCACAGGCGCUGGAUAAUCUCUCGUCGCUUGGCGAUGCCAGCGCCUGGGACCGCGGGAGGGCCGCAGUGUCGGCAUUGGCGAAGAUGCUGUCGCAGGUCAGGGAGGGUGACGACGCGGCUAGGUUGGCCGAGCUCGUGAUGAUCGCGCAGGGCGAGGUGGCCUGCAGGGAUGCCAAGCGCCACGAGGCAGCCGACGCAGCGGCAGGCAUGACAGUCCAGCCGCCCCAGAGGCUGCAGAUCCCUGUGCUGGCCCCAGUGGCAGGCGCGACCGCUCCCGCCAUGUCGGCGGCGCCCGUGGUCGCGCCGACGCCCCCGCAGCCCGCGGCCAUCCCGACGCCGAAGCAGCACCUGGCGGCGCACGGCAUCAUCCCAGAGCCCGCGUCCUGGGCCGACGGCAGGAGGAGACGCUGGAAGUCGGAGCUGCUGCAGUCGCCACCGAGUGAUGAUGAGGAGGAGACGCCGUGCCUGCCCCAGUUUCGAGCUGGAGCCGAGGCGGAGACCCCGUGCAAGCUGGGGCCAUGGCAUUCGACGUCAACGGAGGUCUACCCGCCCGCUCGCGGGCUCAAGGUGCCGCCGCCCGCCGCCCCCGUGUCCAGGGUCGAUCGGCUCCUCCAGCGGAUGUCCCCGAUCGAGGACGUCACGGAGACCCCCUUCCCCGCGGUGUACGACGCUGCCAAGGACAGAACGGGGCUGGGGGACAACAUUCCCUCGCAGGUGGUGGACGGCAUCACGGCAGAGGACAUCGCCACGGCAUGCCGCUUCAAGGCCAGCCCCGUGGCCACUGCCGUGCCAGCCAGCUCGCUGCUGGGCAAGGUGUCCCCCGCAGUCGGCGGCGGCGACGUCGCUGGUGGCAGCGCCCCAGCGGUGCUGGACGUCAAGGUGCCAAGCGACGUCAUCUACAAGCAGGACGUGCUGGACGAGCUCAGCCGCGCGCAGCGCGCUAUUCAGAUGGGUGCUGACGCGCUGUGCGCGGAUGCGCUCCAGGACAAGCUGAAGAACUUCUACGGCCUCGGUGUGAUGAGCAACCUUCGGGCGCUCCAGCACGGCGACGCAGGUCCCGAUGGCCAUGGCGAUGCGUCUGCCGACGCCGCUGAGAAGCGGGCGAAGAAGAUGGCGGAGGAGGAGGAGAUGUGGGAGGAGCUGAAGCGCGGCAGUUUCAUGUUCCAGACGCGGGGCGAGAAGAUAUCGUCGAUGUGGAACCGCGCGCUGGCGGCCGACAGCAAACUCAAGGAGGACUACAAGAACACGCUCGGCCUCCCGAACAAGGCCAAGUUCAGGGCCGACUGGGGCGAGAAGCGCUACAAGCAGUUCUGGGAGAGGCGCUCGAAGACGACGACGAACAGAAAGUCGGAGAAGCUGAGUGGGAAGUACCUGGCGCUGGCCAGGAUCGCCCACAAGGAGGGGGGAGGGAAGGACGGGCUCAAGGCGGCCACCACGUACGCGACGAAUUGUAUCAUCCUGGGCAAGCACUGGGUGAAGUGGGACUCAAUGACGAACACGCUCAAGUUCUACUACGUCGAGCACGAGAUCUCGGACGAGUACGUCACGGCCUGGACGGCGCAUGAGGAGUGGUGCAAUGCGCCGCAGCCUGUCCAGGACGCCCUCUGCCUCGAGGGCGGCGGCGCGGCAGGGCCAUCAGCGAUGACGGCUGACGGCAGCGAUGGUGCAUCGACGUGCGGCGGUGCACUCGCCAAGGCGAAAGCCAAGGCGAAGGGCAAGGCUGCUGCAGUCAUGAGGAGGCCCGCUGCAGCCCAUCGCGAUGAUGAGGCGGAUGAGGAGGCGGCGCUGGUUGACACGACGGCGCCCGAGGCGGGGGAGCUUGAGGAGGCGGGGGGCGCCUGUGAGGAGGCUGGUGAUGACGACGACGGCGAGCCCCCAGUCAAGCGAGAGAAGACGUCCCUCGACGUCGCGAUGGCCGACUUCAAGAAGGAGAAGUCGUUGUUCCGCGGGCUCAUGCAGCAGACCUCCACGACGUUGGACCUCAUCGAGUCGAACUCGGAGCGGGACUGGGCCAAGAACGAGCAGAACCGCGGGGCGCUGGAGAGUGCCCGGCAGACGGUGCAGACAGCGGUGAACAGCGCUGCGGCCUUGAAGGAGCUCUUGGCCGUCAACGACUACGGUGACAUGAAGGCCCGCAUCGGCGCGAGCCAGCUGGAGGUGAACUUUCAGAAAGGGGCCACGGCGCUGAAGGAGCCGCUCAAGAACCUGCAGACGGCGGUGUCGAGGAUCCUGCGCAUGCACAAGCAGACGCUCGAGCAGAUCAAGAAGCAGACGAGCAAGGCGGGCAAGCGGCAGCGCCAGUCAGCCUGA